ACCUUAUUUUAAGUUAAAAAAUUAACAGAAUAAUAGAAAAAUAUUUUUUAAAUUCAAAUUUUCGCGGGGAAGUGACGUAGUAUUAUCUCCGGUUUGCAACGCCAUCUUACAAUCAAUCAACAAAAUAAAUCCUUCUUUGUGUUACUCAACUGAUUUUAAAAAUUUUCUAUACUUGACUGGUUUACUUUUCAAAAAUUUUCUAAAAAUUCACACUAAUAAUAAUCAACUAAAAUUUAAAGGGAACUAUCUAGCAUGUCAUUCAAUAGCUAAUGAAUUAUGCAUUAUCGAUGAAAAUACCUUGGAUUUAGUCGCGGGUCCUGUUACCCUUCCAGGCUUAAAUGUCAAAGCGAAAAAAAUAAUACAAAUAAAAAUUUGGCGGCCUCAAUCAUUUAACAAUCCGCAACAACGUAAAUUUUUUGUAAUUACGCAAUAUUAUCAUAAAUUUUCACCGGCGCAAAGUCAUACUUGUAUCUCAAUAUGGGACGUUGAUGACAAAGUUUACCGACCACUGUCUGGAAUUUUAGAGGCGAUAUGCCGUCAAAAUCAGGAUCGAAUAAAUGUGAGACGUAAUUUCCGGAGUGGAAACGACAUUUUUAUAGAAUUGGAAUACCAUGAAGAAAGAUAUAUUGACAUUGUAAAACUAAUCUGGGACCCAGAAGAAAAGAAAAUUGAUGGGUCGAUAGUUCUUAGAAUAAUGAAUUCUUUUUUCGUCUCAGUUUAUCAUUAUCUUCAUGAUAUGUACGUUGAAAACUCAAAGAUUAUGAUUGUAUUAGGAAGCAAAAAUAACUUCUACUUCAGCCAGACGGACAUUCAGAACGGAUCCAAUGAGCCCAGGGUCAUAAGUUUAUCACAGUGUAAGCAGAUUUUUCAUUUCGAUGAGAGAAUAGAAUGUAAAGCAAAAAUCAAGAUCCACAAUUCUUACGUCGUUACUGCCUAUAGUGAAAGAGACUUUUGUAUCGCACUGAAAACAGAAACUCAAAACGAAGAAUAUGACUUUGUGACAAAAUCAAUUCAAGGAGUAAAUACUUUCCUUCAUAUUUCUAACUGUGUAAUUAAGUUUGAUGUUAUGUUUAUCUUAACUCAAGAGGGUUCGUUAAUAUUCUACAAGUUCAAAAAUAUCAACCACUUGAUUGAUAUCGAUCUAUUAACUAAUCAAGCGAUGGCAAUCGAGACUGGUAGCGAAUACUCUUUAGUAAAGUUGAUGAUGAGAAACCUUAUUCCUUACACUCUUAUUAUUUGUGAGAAAAAAGAUAUCAUACUCUUAACAUUUUAA